AUGUCAAGGAAGCCGUGGCUUGUGGCUGCAUGUGUGGUGUUGGUGGUGUCACUCAUGCUCUUUCUGACUGCCCGCAUCUCACACGUACAACGCUGGCCGACGAUGGCAAACACUGCAAGACAGCCUUCUUCAAAUGCCUCUGAGAUUCAGCACUACAUUUUGUGGAUUCAGUUGAAAUCCAACGUCAAGCAUCCCGUAUCAUUUUACAUGAGCCACCUCAGGGAGCUCUGUUCUUGGAUCAAGACCAGUCAGAUUCACAAUAUCGGCAUUGUUGGCGACGUGGAAGUAAUUGGAAGAGAGGUCGACGCAUGUGCUGGAUUGUUGCAUGGCAACCCGGUAACGCUUGAGCAGCUCGCCUACUCAGAGGUGGUAGCUGCCUUGCCUGAAGAUGGCGGCUGCAAGCUGAAGUUUGGGCUUGCAGGUCUUUCAAAGGAUAUGGUCAAGAUCUGGCUCAACAAGUUGACGAUUUUGUGCAACCUCGCCGCAGAAGACCCGGAAAGAAUUACUACCAUUGACGAUGCCAAUAUGGCAGUUGAUAUGCUGAAAACCGUCGUCUCGACGAGGUUCGCGGGCCUCCAACGAGGAAGGCUUGGCUGCGGACACACAUGGCCACGUGCGAUGAACUGGUUCGGACAUGCAAGCUGUGCGGUACAGCAGCGGCCUGUAGUUUGGGCAAAAUCCCUAGGCAUCCGUGGUGCCGAUUGUCCGGCAUUUCUGGAGGCGUCUCGUCCUGAGUAG